AUGCCCUCACAACUCGUUAAGUCGGCACAGGAAUACGACGCCGCGACCCAAGAGGGCACCGUGGUGGUGACAUUUUUUGCAACAUGGAACGGGCCAAGCCGGCAAAUUAAGCCCUUCGUAGAGGAGCAAAGCAACAAAAAAGAAUACGCGAAUUUCAAGUUCGUGCAGGUGGACGCGGACGAGUGCCCCGAGUUAACAGAGAGAGAAGACGUCAGCUCCAUGCCGACUUUGAAAAUUUACAAAAAUGGAAAAUGUAUUCAAAACUUGGCGGGCGCUAACGUGAACACAGUAUCCGAGUGCCUCAAGAAGUUGAUACAGGCUAAUUGA